AUGACAGAUAACGGCGAGAGUUCCUCGCUGAACCCAGCGAGGGCAAUGCCAAUUUCAGCAUCGUCAAUUCGAUCAUCAUCUCCUGCUCCGGAUGGAACCAUUCGGCAGGCCUCGAUGGCCCGGUUGGCAUCACCUAUUCCCUCUCCGUCUUUAGGCACCUCGUUGUCAUCUCGACAAGGUAUCCCAGGCAGUCGACCAAUUAUUACCAACAACACCAAUCUCACCUCCGAACACAAUUUCCGAGCUGUCAACGAUCUUUCCUCGCUUCCAGGGCCGGGUCACUCGAUGCUUGCAUCUCAACUGCAGGAGAGUCUUGGUCGCUCGCCCCCGAAUUUUGGCACCCCCUCUCGAGUAGCUGGAUCGCCUGUCAUACACUCGGCCCUCGAAAACCGACCUAUAGCUUCGCAAUAUGGAUCCUUUGACACUAGAAAUGGUAUCGACUCCCCGGCUCCUAAUGAGGAUCCAGAGGUGGUGAAAAGACAUUUGGUUGAGACCGGGUCGGAGCUUGGAACUAGCAUGGGUGAAGACCAUUUCUCAAGUCUGCAGCUGCAGGGAGGCGACAUGACUCGAGAGGUCUAUCGGUGGGCAGAAGAUGCUGACUCCGAUAACCGAUUUGCACGCAGCAAGAGUUUCAGCGUCAGCCGACCAGCUCCAUCGGCAGAGACCGAGGAUAUCCACACAAUUCUUGUGCCAGGAGGAUUCCGACGAGACUAUCUGCGAAGGACUGCGGGAAGCCCACACCGUGGAAGUGUGCAAGGGUCUAACUCUGGGGCACCACCUCAGCAUCAGCUCCCCACUUCCAGCUUCUUGGAAUUCUUGACGAUGUACGGUCACUUCGCAGGAGAGGAGCUGGAGGAGGACGAUGAGGUCUUGGGUCCAGAUGAGUACUUCUCUUCUGGUACUUGGGAUGAACCAGAUGAUGGCAGAGAGUCUGGAGAAGACGCCGCCUUGCUUCAGGGUGACCACGCAGGCCGUAAGAAACGGAAGCACAAGGCGCGCGCACCUCCCGGUACUACAACUGUUACUGGUGCCGUCAUGUUGUUGCUCAAGUCCUUUGUCGGUACAGGCAUUCUUUUCUUACCCCGCGCUUUCUUGAACGGAGGCUUGCUGUUUAGUAGCAUGGUUCUUCUCGGAGUUUCACUACUCAGCUACUAUGCCUUUAUCUUACUGGUUAAUACCCGCAUGAAGAUCGAUGGUUCUUUUGGUGAUAUCGGCGGCAUUUUGUAUGGAAAGCACAUGAGACGUAUCAUCCUUGGAUCUAUUGUUCUCAGUCAGCUUGGUUUCGUGGCCGCAUACAUUGUAUUCGUGUCACAAAACCUGCAGGCAUUUGUGCAGGCUGUGAGCAACUGCACCUCCUUCGUUGAUCUUAAGUACUUGAUCCUCUUGCAACUGGUUAUUUUCCUGCCCCUUUCCUUGAUCCGCGACAUCAGCAAGCUUGGUUUCACUGCACUUAUUGCCGAUGCAUUCAUUCUACUGGGCUUGCUGUACAUUUACUAUUACGAUGCCAGCACUCUCAUCGGCAAUGGGGGUAUCUCAGAUGUUGUGGCUUUCAACCCCGCAACCUGGUCCAUGUUUAUUGGAACUGCAAUCUUCACUUAUGAAGGAAUUGGGCUCAUCAUCCCAAUUCAGGAGUCAAUGAGAGAGCCCCACCGGUUCCCAGGAGUCCUAGCUGGUGUCAUGGUCGUCAUUACUCUCAUCUUCCUUUCUGCAGGAGCUUUGAGUUAUGCGGCUUACGGAUCCGCCACCAAGACUGUCAUUUUGCUUAACUUGCCUCAAGAUGACAAGUUUGUCAAUGUGGUACAGCUGCUUUACUCGCUCGCCAUCUUGCUGAGUACUCCUCUACAGCUCUUCCCUGCCAUUCGUAUCAUGGAGAACGAACUCUUCACUCGCAGUGGCAAAUAUAACCCGUAUAUCAAGUGGAAGAAGAAUGCCUUCCGCUUCUUCUUGGUGAUUCUAUGCGCCUUUGUCGGUUGGGUCGGAGCCGACGAUCUGGACAAGUUCGUUUCGCUUGUCGGCAGCUUUGCGUGUGUACCUUUGAUCUACGUUUACCCUCCCCUUCUUCACCUGCGCGCCUGUGCCCGUUCUCGGCGCCAGGUUUUUGCCGACAUCGCCCUUACUGUUCUAGGUGUCAUUGGUUGUAUCUACACGACAUCGCUGACUAUCCAAAACUGGAUUGGUGCCCAGGUUCCCCAAAGCCCUGGCUAUUGCGAUUCUAAGUAA